GGAUCAUUCUCUGUUGUACACUCGGCCAAACAACAUCGCAGCAACAUAGCAUCAUAUCUGUAGAAGAAACUAUGAAGAAAGAAGCUGUACUCUUACUUAUUGUCACAUUGAUGGCAUGUCUGAUGUAUAUCAACACUAGCACCGUUAAUGUCAAGAACAACGACAGCAACAACACAACCACGAACAACAACAGCAACAAUAACAACAUUGAAGAUGACGUCGAGAACCACACCAAAAAAUGGACGUCUCAACCUUCGUUUGUUUCACCCAAGAUCUGUACCAUGAAUUCGACUCAUUGUGGAAACGGUGAAAUGUAUGUAAUAUAUAAUAGUAGUUUACAGUGCCGUAAGUUAAGUUACAAAGAACAGUACUUUUGUGACAAGUGUGUCACUGGCUUUUGUGGUUUUGACGAGGACGGAUAUAUGUCAUGUUACUCCAAACAACCAUGUACAGGAGAAUACUGCUCUGAGCUUUGCCUGAGGGACUGCACAAUUGGCAAUUGUAUUUUUGAAGGAAACAAAGAAUAUUGCGAAUGCCCAGGCAACUUUACAUCUUCUUCGAACUACACAAAACAAUAUAACGGUGGCAGGAACUGCGGGAUUCUGUUCAACAUCAAGCACCAGUCCUUUUAUACUGUUUUUAUUAUGCCUGUCUUAAUAUCUAUUUUAACGAACAUCACCCCAACAACAACUACUCUUUUGUAAUUUGUCUUUCUAAUAUCCCAUCAGCAAUUAAUUGACUUUGUGGUCAAGGUGGCAAGCUGGCGAGCAGGCAGAAUCGUUAGCACGCCGGACAAAAUGUCUAGCGGCUUUCGUACUUCUUUACAUUCUGAGUUCAAAUGCUGAUGCCACCGAUGCUGAUGUUCACUUUCAUCCUGUCGGAGUCGAUAAAUUAAGUCCCAGUUGAACACUGGGGUUCAUAUAAUCUUUUUAAUCCCUCCCCCGAAAUUGCAAGCCUUGUACCAAAAUUUGAAAACAAUCAUUACUUAUUAU